GGGUGCGUGGCUCUCGUACACUCGAGGGCGUCGCAAAUCGCGAUGUACCCGCGACAUACCAGGCGCGAAGUUGCACGUGAACUGAAGCAGCAGCACCACCACAGCCAAGUCGGCGUGCGAAAAUAGAGAUCGCAUCCAUUGUCCUUUCGUCAAUUCGUUAGCUCGGUUGAAUCGCCGAUCUUCAUCGAAGCUUUUAGGUUGAUCACUGGCGCACACGUAACUAUCCUUACUGGCACGAGCAGUGUCAAAUACUAAAAUAUGAAAAGUACAGGAUUGGCAAUCUUAUUAUUGACUCUGAUAUUGGUAGAGUUUCGAUCUGUAAAAUGCAAUCCGGAAGCGAUGAUGCGGCCCACCAGACCCAAAGUUUUUACAAGUCCCGAAGAGUUGAGACAGUACUUGGAGCUCGUAAAAGAUUACUUCACUGUGCACGGAAAAGCAAGAUAUGGUAAGAGGGCCGAUCACCAAUCGACGCUCAUAAACAAAAAUGUCUAUCUUCGUAAUUUGUUGGAAAUUUUAAUGACGCUGAAUAUGCAUAAUCAAUUGAACGAAGUGGAAGGAAGGUACGAAUCGGUCGAAAACAACAACGAUGAUAGUCACGAUGGGGUCAACGAGCUCUUGGAAAAAAUGCAUUUGUUUUUAGAAUAGCCAGAGAAAUAAUUUUUGGCAAUGAUAAUCUAGUCAAUCGAAAUCCAUACGAUAUAGUCAGAUGUAGUUAAUUUUUUUCUCUCUCAAUGUGAAUCGUUAUUCAACUAUCGAUGUAUAAAUAAAUAGCAGUCUUACG